CUGACCGGAGUUGUGAUGGUCAGGCUGUUGCGCUAGUCUAGGGCGGAGAAGGCGGCAUGAAUGGCAGGGCUUUCUCUCCUCAGUGAAGUGAUGUGUUAAAUGUUCUUUCCUCUACCUUUCACGAACAUGCUUUAUUUUCAGCUGGUGAUCAUGGCGGGGACAGUCAUGCUAGCAUACUACUUCGAGUACACGGACACGUUCAACGUGCACAUCCAAGGGUUCUUCUGCUAUGACAAUGCCUACGUGAAGCCAUACCUCGGACCGGAGGAGUCCAGCGCGAUCCCACCGACUUUACUGUAUGCGCUCGUGGCAGGGGUCCCUACAUUUGUGAUGAUGAUCUCAGAGGCUGUCCUGUUUUUGAUACAGUACUCCUCUAAAGAGCUGGACGGCCAGGAGAAUACCAUCCAGACUGGAGACUGCUGCUAUCUCAACCCACUGGUGCAAAGGACCUUUCGCUUUCUGGGCGUCUACACGUUCGGCCUGUUCACCGUGGACAUCUUUGUGAACGCCGGACAGCUGGUGACGGGGAAUCUGGCCCCACACUUCCUGACGGUGUGUAAGCCCAACUACACAGCCCUGGGCUGCCAGCACGCCCUGAUCUACAUCAGUCACCAGGAGGCCUGCACAGGGAACCAGGAGGAUGUCCUGCGCGCACGCAAAACCUUCCCCUCCAAAGAGGCAGCGCUCAGUGUCUACGCAGCCUUCUAUCUUGCGAGUUACAUCACAUGUACAGUGGAAGUCAAAGGAACGCGGCUAGCCAAGCCUGUGCUGUCCCUGGGUCUGAUGUAUCUGGCUUUCCUCACGGGACUCAACAGAGUGGCUGAGUACCGGAACCACUGGUCUGACGUCAUCGCUGGAUUCAUCAUAGGAGUGGCCAUCGCCACUUUCCUGGUGGUGUGUGUGGUGCAUAACUUCAAAGGCAAGCUGUUGCUGAGUGGUGAAGACCCCCCACAGGAGAACAUGUCUAGAGUGGAGAGCCCACUGGAGAAGUACAUCACUUUGCAGACAUUGAGGAUUAGCCUCAUUGGUCGUUCAAAGAACGCAUUCGGGGGCAGUACACAAGGCAAUAAAUGUAUCCAGCCGUUUGUACGAGGGCUCCAAGCCUGCUUGCCAACUCUGGACUCCAAGCCUGCCUGCCAACUCUGGGGUCCAAGCCUGCCUGCCAACUCUGGGCUCCAAGCCUGCCUGCCAACUCUGGGCUCCAAGUCUGCCUGCCAACUCUGGGCUCCAAGUCUGCCUGCCAACUCUGGGCUCCAAGUCUGCCUGCCAACUCUGGGCUCCAAGUCUGCCUGCCAACUCUGGGCUCCAAGUCUGCCUGCCAACUCUGGGCUCCAUGUCUGCCUGCCAACUCUAGGCUCCAAGUCUGCCUGCCAACUCUGGGCUCCAAGUCUGCCUGCCAACUCUGGGCUCCAUGUCUGCCUGCCAACUCUAGGCUCCAAGUCUGCCUGCCAACUCUGGGCUCCAUGUCUGCCUGCCAACUCUAGGCUCCAAGUCUGCCUGCCAACUCUGGGCUCCAAGUCUGCCUGCCAACUCUGGGCUCCAAGUCUGCCUGCCAACUCUGGGCUCCAAGUCUGCCUGCCAACUCUGGGCUCCAAGUCUGCCUGCCAACUCUGGGCUCCAAGUCUGCCUGCCAACUCUGGGCUCCAAGUCUGCCUGCCAACUCUGGGCUCCAAGCAAGAACAAUGGAACCCUAUUCUCUUUGUAGCGCACUACUUUUGGCCAGGGCCAAUACGGCCAAUAGGGCCAAUAGGGUAG